UCAAAAAAUAAAAAAUAACAUCAAAUGCCAUCCGUGACGCUUCCAACAGCUCAGGACAAAAAUACUGUUCGGAAAGCGGUUCCAUCCUCGAAAAUCCUCACGGCAGCUGUUGCUCGGCUGUUUGUCGCCUCCCCUGACCCAAAUAGAUGGUCCUAUGCCAAAGUAUGGGGUGCAGUGGCAUUCUGCAAAGACAAGAACAAGAACGAUUCCUUUUUCAUACGGAUAAUCGACAUUGAGGUAAUACAUAAAGAGGGAAUGAAGCCGGGGUUGUAAGGUAUGCGUGCGUUAUGGUGAAGUGUAGGGAGACAGCUAGGCUUACUAUAUGCACAUGCCCGGAUUUUUUCGGUAUUUUGCAGAAUCAAUCGGGUGUUCUAUGGGAACAAGAGCUCUAUAGCGGCUUUGAAUAUAGCAAGGAAAAACCAUUCUUUCACACGUUUGAAACAGACGAUUACCUAGCAGGGUUGAUGUUUGUAGACGAGGGCGAGGCAGACACGUUCUACAAAAAGGUCUUGAACCGGGAAUCAAUAAAACUGGAUGACGGAACUGGCAAAGCAGGAUUUCUCAAGAAGGCGAACGGACGAAAGAAAGGCAUCGACAAGAAUCAGAUUGGCAUGCCUUCAGAGUUUCGGCAUGUUGGACAUAUCGGCUAUACACCUGAUAAAGGUUUCAGUAUCGAGAACAAUGACCCUGAAUGGAGCGGUGUAUUCGAACAGCUGAAAGCUCUUGGCAUUACCCCAGACGAAAUCAACCAAAAUCAAGACUUUAUCCACGAAUUCUUACACCAACAUGGCGGUAGUGUUCCGCCCAAAAAAUCAUCUGCUGGCGGUGCUCCCCCACCUCCGCCUCCACCCGGUCGUAGCAGCAGACCGCCUUCAGCGAAAAAGACCCCUCCACCUCCGCCACCACCUCCAUCCAGCCGUCGCGCACCGCCUCCACCACCGCCUCCACGAAAAUCUGCCAAUAGUCGAGGACCGCCUCCACCGCCUCCAGCAAGAAACAACACUGUCAAUGCAUCACCACCUGCACCUUCCGCACCUCCGCCACCACCACCAACCGCAACACGUGCUGUGCCUGGCCCACCUCAACUGCCGACGCGUGGAAGCCGUCAAAUGCAACCACCACCUGUUCCUUCUUUAGGACGUCCAAACAUACCCAAACCGCCAACGUCUGCUGCACCGCCCCCUCCGCCUCCGCAACCGCCAAUCGCAUCUGGCGGUGCCCCACCCCCUCCACCUCCUCCACCGCCACCACCACCAGCAGGUGGUGCUCCACCUCCACCUCCUCCACCUCCGCCAGCUCCAGGUGCUCCUGCAUCAUCCGGUCCACGGUUACCUGCAUCUGGUGACGGACGCGCUAACCUCAUGGAAUCCAUUCGCGCAACAGGUGGUUUUGGUAGUCUCAAAUCAAGUGGCAAGAUGCGUGCUGCAAGUGACAGUAGUCCUCCUCGAAGCAAUACUCCAGCCGCUGUGGGUGUUGGAGCAGCAGCAGGUGCCGGAGCAGCAGCAGCAGGCGGUGGAGAUCUUGCUUCAAGUUUAGCAGCUGUGUUAUCCGCACGUAAGGGAGCGAUGGCGUCUGAUAGUGAAGAUUCCGAUGAUGAGGAGUGGGAUUGAAAUAAAAAGCUUUCUGAAAUUGCCACUGCAUCGUACAACAUACCGAUAUUCUUACAAAAGCUUAGACUCUAGGAGUAUAUGUGCUAUACACUCAUUUUACUAGCGCAUAAAGUGAAUGAAAUACACAGAUGAACGAAAAAAUAUGUUUGGAAAUGCUUAUUGUUUAAAGAACUAAAAGUAGUACAGUGUGUGUUACAUAUAGAGUAAACUAUGUAUUAGAAUGAAUAUGUAUUAAGUGUAUGUAGUGCGUUAGGUCUUUAAAUGUCGGUGCCCUUCAUGGGUGAUAUGUGCUACAAACGGAAUGGGUUAGCAUGGUUUCCUUCUGUUUUUCGCCCUGUUAUUCUUGUUUUUGUUUUAAAUAUGUAUAAGGGAAGGGGGAUAACGGAUGGCGCACACAGUCAUCGAUUCGCUUGAUAACGACCGUUAACGUG